AUGGUCACUUUCCCACUUUUUGCUGCGCUGCUGAUCGUGCUAUGUUCAACUGCAUUUGCAGAAUGUUGGAGAGACACAACAUGUGAUGGUCCAGCGCAAGCAUCGUUCCCCGGCCCUUGGGAGGACGGAUUCUUCGUGCCAGAUACUCGGACUCUUUCUCCCGUUCGCAUCCUGGACAUUAACCAUCGUCAACUCGGAGACUGGUCGACGCAAAGCAUCCCAAGCUUGAACAGUAACGGGUCUCUAUACAUAUUUGAUUGGGGAUUCGAGGUUGGUGGCGUCGUGACCAUUGAAUAUGUCGCCAACGGCACGGGUUCCCUUGGCAUUGCGUUCUCUGAGACAAGCAACUUUACGGGAUAUAUUUCUGACGAGUCUAACGGCGGCAUUGGACAUGACGGUGCCCUGUACAGCAAUAUCAGCACCAGUGCGGGAGACGAUGGGCAUACGGUGCAAAAAUACAUAGUGCCAGAUGACAAGGCUCGCGGUGGUUUUCGAUACCUAAGCUUGUACACCCUUACCAACUCAACAUUGGAUGUCUCGGUCACAAACAUGACUGUUGAGCUAUCAUUCCAUCCGAACUGGGGAAAUAUGCGUGCCUAUGGUGGCUACUUCCAUUCGAGCGAUGGCCUUCUCAACCGCAUCUGGUACGGAGCGGCCUUUACAGUCCAGACGAACAUCAUGCCAACAAACACAGCCCGUGUGUAUCCUUGUUUGAAUUAUGGUUGGGAGAACAACGACGACCUGGAUACAGAGGGUCCUGGCCUAGGUGCUGGUAAUAAGCGCGACAGAGCUGUAUGGGCCGCUGAUUUCGGUAUGGCCUUGCGAAGUGCUGCAAUUGCUCUCGGAGACAUGAAUACACUGAAGAGAUCUCUGCAACUUCAGUAUAAAGUUCAGCAAACCACAGGAGAACUGCCGUGGGUGCCACCACCAAUCAACAUUUUUGACUCGGACACCUACCAUAUGGCCACUCUGCUCGCCACAUACGAUUACGUUCUUUUCAGUGGUGAUAUGAACUGGCUCACAGAAAGCUGGAAUAAGUUCAAACUUGGCAUGUCUUUUGCUACUCAAAAAAUUGACAGUAGCGGACUCAUAAACGUGACUGGAGGUAACAACUGGGGCCGCACAGCUAUCUCUACUGGACACACCACAGAUGGCAAUAUGCUACUCUAUGGGUGUUUAAGAAGAGGCGCCGAAAUGAGUACUUGGAUGAACGACACAAUCGGCAUCCAAUGGUUGGAACAAGCCGAAACCGUCAAACAAGCAAUCCUAGAACAUAAUUGGGAUUCUUUUGUCGGAGCAUUUUGGAAUACAGAAGAAGAUCACAGCAACCAUUGCCAAGAUGGAAACAGUAUGGCAUUGUAUUGGAACGUUGUCGAUAACUCUCAUGCUUCCAAUAUAAGCGACUAUCUGUCUACCCAGUGGACACCCAUCGGUGCUCAAUGCGGUGAGCUCCCGGGAAGCAUUGUAAUGUAUACCGAGGGGUACGAGAUUAAGGGCCAUCUCGCCAUCGGUCAGUCAACACGCGCACUUGACUUGAUCCGACGAAGCUGGGGUUGGAACCUGGAAAAUCCAUAUGGGACUAAGAGCACCUUCGUCGAGGGUUACAAUAUUGAUGGAUCCUGGCGAUACAGAGAUGAUGCUUAUAGUAAGAAUGGCUCAUACACGGCCCAUGCUCUCGGCUGGAGUACUGGCCCGGUCGAUGCAUUGAGUUCGUUCAUCGUGGGCUUGCGACCAAGCAGACCAGGUGGCAAGGAGUGGGUAUUAGAACCACAAUUCGGCGACUUGCAGUUUGCAGAGGGUGGCUUUACCACCCCACUUGGGAAGUUCUCCUCGGGCUGGACGCUGAACAGGGACGGAAGCGGCUUUGGUAUUUGGGUGAACACUCCUGAGGGAACGACAGGUCAAAUCAUUCUGCCGCAGUCCACUGAGGGAAGCUUCUAUCAGGCUACUUUGGACGGACAGGCCGUAACAAAUGGAUCGAGUACUGUCAUUGACGUGACCGGAGGAAAACACCAAAUCAGUGCGAAGUAUUGA